CCGCCACAAGCGGGGACACGCGGAGCUGGGACUGGGGACUUGAUUGUUGUGGUUCUUCUCGGGAGCUGUGAAGCCCAGCUUUUUUUUUCUUUUCUGGAAAGUUUUUGGAAGGAUUCUUCUAGAUAAUUCUUCAUUUGAUUUUGGAAGAGCGAAUUACUUUUUAUCUUCUUUAUUGCUCCUUUCCCCCCGUGGGACCGGCCUGACGCGUGGAGGGGACCGCACCUGAAGCUGAUUCUGUGAAGCGGUACAGCACUUUCCGCCCCAGGGGGAGCGGGCCCCCACGCCCCAGCGGCCUCCGGAGCCUGGACUUUCGGGAGGCACAGCGGCAUCCUGUGGGGUCCUGAACACCGCUGAGGAGCUGCACGGAAACUUUGCCUCUGUUGGAGUAGGAAGCUGCCCGCUCCCCGAGCUUCUCCGGACAGCGCAUUUUGGGGACGCGCUCGGCUCACCCCGGACUCGCACCUUGCUUCCCCCACCCAGCCAUAGCCUUGGCUUCCCGGCGACCCCAGCGUGGUCACAGGGGCCCCCCUGUGCCCAGGGAAAUGUUUCAGGCUUUCCCCGGGGACUACGACUCCGGCUCCCGGUGCAGCUCCUCACCCUCCGCCGAGUCUCAGUAUCUGUCUUCGGUGGACUCCUUCGGCAGUCCACCCACCGCCGCCGCCUCCCAGGAGUGCGCCGGUCUCGGGGAAAUGCCCGGUUCCUUCGUGCCCACGGUCACCGCCAUCACAACCAGCCAGGACCUCCAGUGGCUCGUGCAACCCACCCUCAUCUCUUCCAUGGCCCAGUCCCAGGGGCAGCCACUGGCCUCUCAACCCCCAGCUGUCGACCCCUAUGACAUGCCGGGGACCAGCUACUCCACGCCAGGCAUGAGUGGCUACAGCAGUGGCGGAGCUGGUGGUAGUGGCGGGCCUUCCACCAGUGGCACCGCCAGCGGACCCGGGCCUUCCCGCCCGACCAGAGCCCGGCCCAGGAGACCCCGAGAGGAGACGCUUACCCCUGAGGAGGAGGAGAAAAGAAGGGUUCGCCGGGAACGGAACAAGCUGGCAGCUGCGAAGUGUAGGAACCGUCGGCGGGAACUGACUGACCGUCUCCAGGCGGAAACGGAUCAACUGGAGGAAGAAAAGGCAGAGCUGGAGUCGGAGAUCGCGGAACUCCAAAAGGAGAAGGAGCGUCUGGAGUUUGUGCUGGUGGCCCACAAACCGGGCUGCAAGAUCCCCUUCGAAGAGGGGCCGGGGCCGGGCCCGCUGGCGGAGGUGAGAGAUUUGCCGGGGUCAGCAUCCGCUAAGGAAGACGGUUUCGGCUGGCUGCUGCCGCCCCCGCCACCACCGCCCCUGCCCUUCCAGACCAACCAGGACGCACCCCCCAACCUGACAGCUUCUCUCUUUACACACAGUGAAGUUCAAGUCCUCGGUGACCCCUUCCCCGUUGUUAACCCUUCGUACACUUCCUCGUUUGUCCUCACCUGCCCGGAGGUCUCCGCGUUCGCCGGCGCCCAACGCCCCAGCGGCAGCGACCAGCCUUCCGACCCCCUGAACUCGCCCUCCCUCCUUGCUCUGUGAACUCUUUAGACACACAAAACAAACAAACACACAAAGGAGAGCGAUUUGGAAGAGGAGGAGGAGAGAGGGGAAGAGACAAAAGUGGGCGUGUGGCCUCCCUGACUCCCCUGUCGGACCCUCCGCCACCACUGCCGUCGGACAGGACCGCCUGCUUGUGUUUGGGGGCUGCCGCUUGUUUCUGUGCCCCGGCGAGGCCAGAGAGCUGGUGACUUUGGGGGCAGGGGGUGGGGAGGGGAGGGACACCCCCAG